UACCGUCACCAAUCAUUCAUUAUUAAUAUCAUCAACUAUUUAGUAAUAUACGUGAACAAUUAAAAUGGCACCUGGUAAGGCGAUGAAAAAGUCACCGGGUAAAGCACAAAAGAAAGUGGUCAAGUCUGGUGGUGUCAAAAAACGCAAAACCAAGAGGAAGCAAACGUUCGGUAUCUACAUAUAUAAAGUGCUGAAACAAGUGCACCCUGACUACGGCAUCUCGUCAAAGGCCAUGAGCAUCAUGAACAGCUUCGUCAACGACCUUUUCGAACGCAUCGCAGGCGAAGCCAGCCGUCUGGCCCAAUACAACAAGCGUUUAACGAUCACCAGUCGGGAGAUCCAGACGGCUGUCCGCCUUUUGUUGCCUGGUGAAUUGUCCAAGCACGCUGUCAGUGAAGGGACCAAGGCUGUCACAAAGUACACCAGCUCCAAAUAAUAAAUGUAUUAAUGUAAAAUAUUGUAAUAGGUAACUUUUAAUUUUCUCACCAACAAAGUGAUCAAAACGGCUCUUCUCAGAGCCA